GCCAUUCCCAUUCACAUGCGACGCAACACAAACAUCACUAUUUAAUAUUACGUUACUCUUACGUCAUUGUUAUUGUUUACUUGUAUCGCCUCGAUGUGACGUCAUCGCCUGGGCGCUUUGUGCCGCAUUCCCAAAAUAAGAUAAUGGAGAAGAAGUAUAUGGAAGAUAUUGCACAAUUUUUACAUGAUAUGAAAUGGAUAUAUGAUUUUCAUGUUACAAAGAUUUUCACAAAAGACAUCUUUUCACAAAUGCCUGAAGACUGGAAAGCAAGUUUACUCAAUCUUCCAGUUCAUACUUUAAAUGGAAUUCCUCAGGGGAAAAUUCUGGGUGACUGGCCACUCUCUCUGCGAGUCUUUUUAGAGAAAUGUCAGAAGUUCUCCUUGCAGAACCUGACCAGAACAAGCUGUGAGGCUGAUCCUGAGGACGUUACCAGAAAAGUGCCUCAGAUUUUCACUAAAGGAUUAUCUGAGAAAAAGAGACAUGAGGUGCUCAGUCUUUUAAAACUCACAGAAAGAAUAGCAAAUGUAACAGGUAGUAAUUAUGUCCUGGAUAUUGGCAGUGGAUUGGGUUAUGUCGAUUCUGUUCUUCACAAUACACUCAAGCUCACUGUAGUUGGUGCAGAGAGUCUGAAAGACCGUGUUAAAAGUGCAACAGAAAGACAAACCAGACUAUUCAGUGAGUGCAGUGGUGUAAGGCACAUUCACUGGGAACUCUCAGAUGAUGAAGAAACCUUAUUAAGAGCACAGAGAGAAGUGGUAGGGAUGAUGAAAGCUGAUGUAACAUGCACUUGUAAAGAGGAGAAAUUAGAAACCAGGAAACCCUUAGAGAACCAACAGUCUCCAGUUCCAGUCAGUUAUGUGACAGAUCCUUCUCAGAAGUAUCAUCAUGUGGAAGAAAAUGCCUCUGUAGGAAAAUCAGCAAUACUGAUUGGCCUUCACUCUUGUGCAGACCUCUCUCCCAUAAUGCUGAAGGUGUUCCAAGGCUGCCCUCAGCUCUCAUCAUUAAUUCUGUUUUCAUGUUGCUACCACAAGCUGACUCCUGAGAAGUUGGAAGUGGAAGGAAACCAAAGCAAUAAAGAAAAUUGUGUUACAGAUGAAGCAAGGGACACAGAUCUUGGUGCCUUCAGAAAAGGAGAGCAAAGUCCAUCCUUUCACACUGAUGAAGAAUUGAGAGUUUGCAAAUUCAUGAACUUCCCUCUGAGUAAUGCUCUGAAAACAAUUCUUUUACAAAAGAAGAUCAGCUUCAGCACUUUUGGGUUGAGGUUGGCAGCUCAGGAGUCAGGUCUGCGUUGGGUACAACGGACGGAAAAGGAACAUGAAACCCACAGAAACAGUGUGGCUUACAGAGCUGUCCUGGAAGCAGUUUGUGACAAAGAUGACCUGGCUGUGAAGAGGCUGAGAAGGCAUGCUAGGAAAAGCAGCUUUGAUCAUUUUGAAGAGUAUGUAAAUACCAUCACCACAAAUUACAAGUUUGUGCCUGCAGAUUCUUCCAGCAGUGUGGGUGAUUCUGAGGAAAAUUGCUUAAGACAAGAAAAACAAGACAGCACAGUAGAUUUCAAACAAAUAAGUACAAAAGAACAUAUUUCUGAAGAACUAACAGAAUGUUAUAAGAGAUUUGAACAUUUAUUUCCACUAAUUGAGCCUCUGACUGGACUUCAGUUAGCUCUUCAGCCAGUAAUGGAAGCACUGAUAUUGAUAGACAGGGUGUCUUUCUUAGAGGAAGCCGGCUUUCACAAUGUCUGGUUAGAGAAAGUUGAUGUUACUAUAUCACCAAGAAAUGUGGCAUUGGUUGCAGUAAGAUAA